ACAGCUUUUCUUUUUAAGAUUCGUGGGUUUUGUAUCACGUUAAAUGUGACGAAACAAAGCGAACAUGUAAAGAAGCGUCACUGGGUUCAAAUAAUUUGGCCGUUAAAAUGGGUCAGAACUGCUUUUCAAAAACACAAACAACAUUCGUGUUGUCAUGAUGCCAGACCGCUGGCGAAUGUAGUUCUCUAAAUUCAAACACGCAGAAAUAAUUCGAAAAACUCCCACCAGACAAAAACAUCCUUCACCUAAGAACAUUGAAAAUGGUGCUAAAAGUACGUUUAUUCAGCAUUAUGCAGCCUCGUUGAAUGUUUAACCGGAAAACCAGCAUGUUUAUGUGUGACAACUGGACUACAACUCCCAGAUAACCGCGUGCUCCGCUGGCUGUUUUGAGAGAGGGGACUCCUUUGAGCAACACUCUGCUUUACUCAACCCUCUGUUGGGCAGAUAUCAAGUUAUUGUGCUGAGGACCGCCGUUGGAAAUUUAGUGAAAUGACAUUUGAGCUCAGUGGUUGACGUGAACCGGCUGUUUACUUCGCCUUUGAGCCUAAAAAACAGAGAGUUAGUGUUACCGGCGCUCCGUCAGGCUCAGCUGGCCGAUAAGGCAGAGCUUGUUAGCUUACAUUAGCCAGCAGCUAGCGUUAGAUUUACGGCUUAUCCGCGGCUGGCUUGGCUCGGUCGCUGAAAUAGAGCUGCGGGCGCUGUUCGGCCACAAUGGUUUGGCCACUCUGCCAGAUUUCAAGUGUUGCUUUUUGGUAAAUAAUCUGUUGGAUCGUGAGGCAAAUCAACAAAACCUUUGUCUGACUUGUGCGCAGCGUCCGCUGGUUCGGCCUGUUCAUUGUCUCCGAGCAUUGAAAACAAAGAAGGUUUUUUUUGUGUGUAGUCAGAUCAGCUGGCUAGUGAGGCUGCUAGCUGUGCUCGAGUAAACAAAUUCGUCAGCUGUCGACUGAAGAUAAUCUUGAAAGCUGCCUGCUUAGCUAUGGCGCAACACGGCCCCUCUCAUGUAGCCAGUUCACAGAAAGCACUAAUGCUGGAAAUGAAGAGUCUCCAAGAAGAGCCCGUCGAGGGAUUCAAAAUAACAUUAGUAGACGAGGCAGACUUGUACAACUGGGAAGUGGCUAUUUUUGGACCCCCCAACACCCAUUAUGAAGGGGGGUAUUUUAAGGCUCGGAUCAAGUUCCCUAUUGACUACCCGUACUCCCCUCCUGCCUUCCGGUUCCUCACCAAGAUGUGGCACCCCAACAUUUACGAGAAUGGAGAUGUGUGUAUCUCCAUCCUCCACCCUCCGGUGGAUGAUCCCCAGAGCGGCGAGCUGCCUUCAGAGAGAUGGAAUCCCACCCAGAAUGUCAGGACCAUCUUGCUGAGUGUGAUCUCACUGCUGAACGAGCCCAACACCUUCUCCCCUGCCAACGUGGAUGCCUCUGUCAUGUACCGUAAAUGGAGAGACAGCAAGGGCAAGGACCGGGAAUAUGCUGAGAUCAUCAGGAAACAGGUGUUGGCCACCAAGGCGGAUGCCGAGCGUGACGGCGUGAAGGUGCCCACCACCCUGGCUGAGUACUGUGUCCGCACCCGUGCCCCGGCCCCCGAUGAAGGCUCCGACCUCUUCUACGAUGAUUACUAUGACGAGGAGGAGCUGGAGGACGAGGAUGGUGACUGCUGCUACGAUGAAGAUGACUCGGGCAACGAAGAGUCAUGACGUGUUUGAGCUUCGACCCCCACCCCCAGUCUUAGCUGACACAUGCUACACCUUUUUUCUGUCAGGGUUGCCAGAAAUUAUAGGUCUACAUCUAAGAAAGAUUCAAAGCCUCCCACUUUUUAACCGCUGAAAAGAGAUGUUUUUUCCUAAGCCUCUGAAUUCUUUUCAGAGACCAGAGUUGAUGCAUCGUCGAGGAAGGGUCUGACCCUGUAAGAUUUGCACCAGCACAAUCUUUGCACCUGUUUUUGCAAAUGAUGUUCAUUAUCACCUAAAAACCUUAUCUUGAGAAAAAUAACUGAAAACUAUAGCUAAGUCUUAUUGUGUCGUAUUGUGGGAUUAAUAACCACUGUCAACAACAGCAAUCUUUGCACUGGUGCAAACUUACAAAUCUUGUUCAGUCUCUCUCUUUCAUACCUUUAUUUCAUUAAUCGUAACUGGGUCUUGCUUACCAGUAGUCGGCCUCAGUGACUUAAAGACUGAAGACUUCACAAAGCCUGUUUUUGUAUGUGUGAGCGAUGCACCACAGACAUACAAUGAGUCGUGCAUUUGCAAGGUGUGCAUCCUGUCUCGCCUCUGUAGGAAGGGACCCGCGUCGUCACAGGACACUUGGUUCAGAGUUCUUGUGCAUGCCAGAACAUCUUGGAAGCUUUUUUUUUUGUUUGUUUUGUUGUUGUUUUUACAGGCGGACUGCUGAGCUGCAUCGUGAUCUUUUCUUCAGCUCAGUCUCUAAAGGACAUGUGAUGAUGGAGAUCCCAGAAAAAUUCUCGAGUCUGAAGGACCUGCUGGCAAACUCAGACAAUAGCUCAAACUCUCAUGUGAACAUUUUGGCAACAUCAAACUGAAUUUUGCUGUGGUCUUCUGGCGAUUAACUGUUGGAUGUGAUUAUCUGUCAUUUUGAGUGUGGGGUUGUUAUUUGAAGUCGCUCGGCUAAAGAGUCGCCUAGGACGAUGACGCUUAUCAGGGGGGCAGAACUAAUUACUGAUCGGAGUUGUGUUUCUCCCCAGGUUUCCUCUUUGAGAGGCCUGAUGGAGCCAAAGAGGUGGAGUGGCAUAAAAGAAAGCCCAAAACAUUUUAUGACUACGAAACAAUGUUUUGCUGUAUUCUUGUCUAUGUUUAACUGUUUUCUCUCUUGCAAGCUUUGUUACUUUAGUCUCUUCCUUUGGUUAGACAUUCUGCCUGCAAACUUUGCUUGAGAAUGAUAUGAAUUAUGUGAUGAGAUUAGUGGGUUCGAUUGGCAAAAAGGUUGCUGUCAGAAAAAAAAAAAAAACGUGUCUGUCGAAAAGUGUUGUUGCAGUACCGGACAGGGUUAUUUGAGCUUGUUUUGGAGAGAGAGACCCUGGAAGUGGAAAAAGAAAAUGGCCGCCAUGUUUUUAUUUUUAAUGACUAUUUAUUUUUGCGUGCUGGUGGAGGGUGGACCGGUGAUUAUAUGAUUUUUAGAGUGUAUGGGUGUCCCUUGUGUGUAUUUUGCAUCAGCAAUAUCGAUUGUUUUAUUUACUCAAAUUGGACUUCGUACAGCAAUUCUCAGGAUACGUAUGAUUAAACAACUUCAGACUAUUUUACUCUUUAGGUGGUCGUCAAAGUUGGUUUACAGCUUCAACAGGAACCAUAACUGAUAUGCACAUGUAGCUGUAUGGAUGAUCACCUUAUUGUUUUACGUACUUGUGUUUUCUUUCUUUCUUUUUUUUUAUUUUUAUUUUUGGCUAUUUAAAACUGAAAAAUAAAGACUUAUCGGAAAAUUA